AUGGGCCUCACCAUCUCCUCCCUCUUCUCGCGCCUCUUCGGCAAGAAGCAGAUGCGCAUCCUCAUGGGUGAGACGGGCGGGCAAAGAGAGAGAGGCGCUUCAACCCCCCCCCCCCUCAAUUCCACACCCGCUCCGCCCGGGGUAGCGAGCCGGGCCUGAGGCGACCCCACCCCGGGCAGAGGAGCCGGCGGCCGGUUGCUUCCCUCGCUCCCCGUUCGCCUAGCGAGGGGGGGGGGAGUGUUGGAGUCUUCGCGGGGGCUGGGAUGGGAAGGCACAGCAGUGGGGCGGGCGGGCGCCAGGCAGGCAGGCAGCAUUGUUCGGGCCAGGCCUUGUGCUGUCGGGAGACAAGGAGAGAGGGAGGGGGGAGAAAGAAGGAGAGAGGAAGGGAGGGUCUCCAUGGCCUCCCCCCCCCGCCCUCCUUGCAGGACGUUCUUAAGGAAUCCACCUUGGGAGACAUUUUUAGAACGAGCGGAAUUUAUCUUCGCCUGGGGCCUUCUGCUCUUUUCAGGAUGUGGGUUCGUUUUCCGUCCCGAUGGGCUUCCUGUGUUUCAAAAUAAGUCCGGUGCCGUCAGUCUGAUCCCUCGCUAACCCUCGGCGCACACAGAGAGCCUUCGCGUUUGUUGUUGUGAUCGUAGGAAUUGUUCUUUUAAUACAUACAUACCGUACAUAUAUACAUACACAAUACACGCACCAUUUUUCUUCCAAUGCAGGAAUGUAAAGCGAAAUGCGGUAAUAAUUAUACUGCAAAUAAAAAUGGAAGAGUCAGUUACACUGACGGCUGUCUCCUAGUUUUUUUGUGUUUUUUGUUGUUGUUACAGACAAUUGCAUUAGCAUAACUUUUUUUCCCCCUUCCUCUCAUCCUAUCCCACAACACUUUUGGGAUGGUGAAGAAUCAGUGUGCAGAUAUCCACAUUGCUUCAUGCCAUUAGUAUUUUGGAUAGGGUGGGUUCUUAGUAUUUGUUAGUUUUUAUUAAAAUGAGAUGCACAUUUUGUAUUUGCUUUUUUAUGUAUGGAGUUAAGGGGCAUGCCCUGCCUUGUUGGUUCAUUCAGUUUAAGAUUACACAAAUCAAUACUGUACUGAGCUGGGUGGUUCACAGAAAGAUGCUUAUAACUCUUUGCCUGUAUCCUGUUGAUAGCCUGGUAUGUUAACUUAGGAUUUUGCCCUAAUUAUAUACAGUGGCUGUUGUGAAAGGUCAUUGGUUUUGAAUUUGGAAUUGCUCUGUUGUCUCAAGGAUGCAUAGCUGCAAUUUUAAAAUGGUAAAUGUCACCCAUAUGUGCUUUGUCUUGUCUUGUCAUCCUUGGGCAGAGCAGCCCAAGCCUCAGAUCCACCAUGCUGGAGGGCUUUUGGAUGGUGUGGAGAUAGCCCUCUGUCCAACCCUGUGCAAGGGAGCUCUCCUAUAUGCUUGCCCAAAGCUGGUGUUUUUAUCCUUGCCUUGGCCAGCAUGAGCAUCACACUGUGAAUGCAUUACUGGCUGUACAACUCCAUAAAGCUCCAUUGCUGCCAGCCAGGGUUAAUAUUGCACCCUAACCAUUCCCCAUCAAAUUAAUGAGUGCUAGUGUUGUUUUAUCCUGGAUCCCUGAGUGUCCAGGGUCUAGACACAGCUUUUUAAAUACCAGCUCUUAAUUGUCUCAAAUGGUUGCUGUUAAGCACAACACAAGGGGUCUUUCCUGGCAGAUCACUUUGCAGCCAAUUGAACUAUGUUAGUGAGAGAACUGAGACUUAAAAUGGAUUAUUGUUAUAAUGCAUGUGGGAAUAUGCUAUGAUUAUGAUGCUAAACAUGCUGACAUACCUCCCCUUAAAAAUUUCAUUUCAAAUUCCAGAAUGAUAGUAUGUAGUCACAAACUGUUUUGAGUGUUGAAGUUCUGUUUGGACUUCUGUUACUGUAAUCUGAAUUUUAAAAGGCCAGUGUCUGUUCUAGAAUUAUCUCUUGUGUUUGUGUCUGAGAUGAUAAUUCGUAAAGGGACACAUUGGGCGCAACACUAAACAAUGGCUUAAUGCUACUCAAACAGGCCUAUUUGGACUUGAGCACUCCCUCCUCCUGUUUUUUUGGACACAUGCCAGAGAAAGAGAUUGAAAGAAUCCAUUUCCAGAUUUAAAAUAAAUUUUGUAUGUCAUUACAUCUGACAAUCACAAACCAUGGGUAGCAUAAACUAUAGUUUAUUGGAACAAGUCAAAACCAGCUGUGGUCUUGUUGCAAUAAACCAUCAUUUAAACUAACUACACUUCACGGUUUGGAUUACUUCAAAGAAGGAAAUGGAAGCUUCCAAUCUCCUCCUGGCAUGUGUUGGAGGGGGAGGGGUGAAGUAGGCUUGUAUGUGUGUCACUGUAGGUGAAGCACUCUUCUUAGCAAUUGCUGAUGAGACAGUACCAUGUGUGUUUAAGUUUUCAUUUUGGCUGGACUACAUAUAGAUGUGGACUCAAAACCAGGUCAUUUAUCUCUUCUGCCAGUAUUAAAAAUACUAAGUUGUAUUCUGUGUCUCUAGUAGUGCUAAGACUUUUGGAGCCUUAUCAACUACUUCAAAACACUUAGCAUUCUCAUGUUGCUUCCCACAAAGCAGCUGAUGUUUGGUUUCUCCCUAGCAAUUACUGAUAUUGUUAGAGAUGGUACAUUAGAUAUUUAUAUUGCUAAUCUGAGUGGUGAUGCUUUGAUUAUAGUAGACAAUCAGCUUUAUAGAAAAGUAAAGUGGAUCUUUCGUGUGUUUUUCAAAAAUAUGCCCAACCCAUGCAAAUACCUUACACACCAAAGAUUUUCCUGUUACAGCUUCACCUGGACUGUCCUCAAUUUUCCCUUCAGUCAAAACCAGUUGCCUUCAGCACUUCUCAAUGUACACUAAAUAAGCAACUUCAUUUUUAUCCAUCUUUCUUUGCUCAGGCAUUAAUCAACACAAAGCAAUGCCUUCUAGUCUCCCUUCUAGUCUCCCUUAUCUGUGCACUUUGAAGGUCAAAAAAAGAUGGAAUCAUAGCCCUGAAGACCUCCCAGAGACCUCUGAGUAUAGGGUGGUAUGUAAAUUCAAUAAAUAAUAAUAAUUAUAGUCCCCCCUGCUUUCUCACAGGGAACGUUUUAGGAGAUAGGUACCACAUGAAGUGGUAAUGAACCUUGCUUACAUCUAAUACUAACUUAUCUGAUGGUAACUUUGUUACAUAGCUUUAGAUUACUGUAGCUUGUAUAUUAUAUAUCCAGCUUUACCACUGUUGGUGUUAAGAGCAGUUUGAACAUCUAGAUCUUAGGCUCCCAUUAAGGCAUCCUAAAUUGUUGUUGCCUUCAAACUCAGAUGAUGUACAGCUGGAGAAGGGGGGAGGCAUUUUUUGUUGAUUCUUCCCUGCACCAUUUCCCACAUCAUUCCAAAAUUCCAUCCAUUGCAGAGCAAAAGGUCCCCACCUUCCCAGCAGGAGACUCCUAGAGUGAAGAACCUCUCACGGGAGUUCUGAAUCCCAGCCACAGGAUUUACAGGUCACAUGAAGAUUAGAUGGCAUGUAUUCAUGCACUUGACUUUUUCUUUAUAAAAACCUCUUCUGUAAAUAUUUCUUGGCUUAACUAACAAAACAAUUUUAUAACUUAAGAAACCCAAUUUAUUCACAUAAGACUGGUCAUUAACCAAUGCGUUAGAAGCUGCAGAUCUUAGAUUUGUACAUUUUAUAUACUGUCAAUAUGUAAGAACAUGCUGAAUUUAUUUUUCACGCAGCAGAGCUUGAAAAAAUAGACAGCACAUUAAACUUUCCAGCCUGUACGGAAAGUUCUUUAGAUAACAUCAAAAGAAAGCAUUCUCAUUUACCAAAUGCCAGAAGACAAUAUAAUAAGCACUAUUCCAAGAUCCUAAAUAUACUGUAGGAAGGAAGACACUGCACAGGCUUCUCACAUGCAAGUGAAGCACCUAUAUGUAAAAGGAUCACAGUUGGACAUAACAAAGCCCCCUUUUCAUUCUUACGGCUUCCUCAAGUUCUCAUUCCUUGACCAAGUAGAGGGGGCUAGAAGGAAGCCUCCCAUUCCCUGUAAUAGCCUGAGGUGGUGAUGGGGAAUCAUUUCUACUAUGUUCUGCAGUGGCAUAGUUCAUGCAGAUGCAAAGAAGCACUAUGCCCAUCAUGUAUUCUCUUUAAAUUGAAAAAUUAUCAGCCUGAUUUGUUAGCUUGGAUCCUGAGAACUGUGAGUGGAAGUGUGGUUCCUUGUCCCUUCUUAUUCCUUGUAACCCCACUAAUCUCUAAUAGCUUCUCUAGUUGGUUGUGCAUGUUUGAGCAACAAUCCCUGUGCCCCAUAAAAUGCUGUUCAGGAGGUUCUCCCCACUUUCAGAUAAGCUGUUUUGUGGCUGCAGAGGGCUGUUGUGGUAUGUGACAAAGGAGCAGUUUUCCUCCACUCAGUUCUCAGGGUAGCAGCCUCAUUGUAUACUGUCAUUGCUCAACACUGCUUGGUGUGAAAUAAUGGAUAAUAGGGGAGAUGCAAAAAUAGAAAAGCCAGUUUUUAAUAUGCAGUACAGUGGUGCCUCGCAAGACGAAAUUAAUCCGUUCCGCAAGAGUCUUCGUCUAGCGGUUUUUUCGUCUUGCGAAGCAAGCCCAUUGACGGAUUAGCGCUAUUAGCGCUAUCAGCUGUUUAGCGGCUAUUAAAGGCUUAAAGGCUUAUGGGAUUAGCUGCUAAAAGGCUGUUAAAGGCUAUUAAAGGCUUAGCAGAUUAGAUAAAGGGGAAAAGCGAAAAAAAUCUCAAGACUCGCAAGACAUUUUCGUCUUGCGAAGCAAGCCCAUAGGGGAAUUCGUCCUGCGAAGCAACUUCAAAACGGAAAACCCUUUCGUCUAGCGGUUUUUCCGUCUUGCGAGGCAUUCGUCUUGCGGGGCACCACUGUAUAGGAUAAUUCUGAUAGCUUAGUCAAGAAAGGGAAGAUACCUUGGACAGUGCCAUAGUCCUUGGGCUCUACCCUAGCAACUAUUUGCUGAAGGUUUUUUAAAAAAAUUAAAGAUGCAGUAAUUUGUUUUUAUUUAGUGUUUUAGCAUUCAGUCCCAGAUUGCACUGUGCUAAGAAUGCAGUGAAAAUAAUUUAUAGCACAACUUAAUUUUUUUUCUAGCUCAGACACUGCAUUUUAAUAUUUCCUUAAUUAACAAUUAAAUAGUCCCUAAUGAUUUACUAUUCUGCCCACAAAAUACAUUCGGUGUACUCAAGUCAAGUACAAGUCAGUGCUGCAGGCAAUCUCAGACUACAUCUUGUCUUGCACUAGUAAAAGACCUAUUCCACUACUAUUUGAAGACUUAUAAACUUGUUUUAUUGAAAAAAAUGUACUAAAGCAUUUGUACUUGAUCAGCUAACAGUAAAGUGGGGAAAAGAAACUAAAACAGUUUAGUUACUCCAUGUAGAGCUGGGUCCAUAACCAUAUAGGGUAGAAACCAUAGGAUUUUGACCUUAUAUAAUUUACAGCUGCAAUUUAUAGUAAACCAAGGUUUCUUGCACUAUGUUAUACAAGGAUAAUUUUCCUUGUUUUCUUAAGUUUUAAGCAGUAAAAAAUGAGCUUUGGAAACCGUUUUGGAUGCGUGAUCUAGCUACCAGGUGCACUUUCAUUAUUGUUUACUCAUGUUCGAAAUAUUCUGAAGGUUCAUGGAGAAGAAGGGAAUUGCUCUGAUGGGUGGGACCUGCCACAAAAUACUGCAGUGUAUCCUCCACUCCUAGCAAUAGUGAUUCUGUUCAUGCCAUUACUUUUACAAAUUCUGGGGUUCCCCUGACCUCUUGUUUCUCAGUUUCCCUAUUUUGACUACAGCACUGUCGGCACUCCUUCCCUCAAUUCACUGUCAGAUGGAGUAAUAUAGAGGUCUCAGGAUUCCCCUACCCUACAUCCCACUCAAUUAUUAAAGAAUUCUUUUAUGCUGUGAUUGCUUUGUGUUAACCUCUGCCAUUUACAGUGGUAUCUCGGAAGUCGAACAGAAUCCUUUCCAGAAGUCUGUUUGACUUCCAAAAUGUUCGGGAACCAAAAUGCGGCUUCCGAUUGGCUGCAGGAAGCUCCUGCAGCCAAUCGGAAGCCGUGUCAGACGUUCGGGUUCCAAAGAACAUUCGCAAACCGGAACACUCACUUCCGGGUUUGCGGCGUUCGGGAGCAAAACAUUCGCCUUUCAAGGCGUUUGGGAUCCAAGGUACGACUGUACUAUGGUUUGUUAAAAGCCAACACUGAGUUUGUUAGCCGUACUCCGAGGAAGCUACUGGGAACUUCAUGUUAUGUUCAUACAUAAUACCAAGGACGUUGGUCUCAUUUUUAAAAGCAGUAAAAUAGUCACAGAAAGCCAAAAACUGCAAUUUUCAGUUGAUGUUACAGGCUGUCUGUCUCUGAAUCUAUUUCAGAGAGCCGCACUUCUCAAAAUUUUGGUUAUCAGCUGUUAUGAGUGAGGUCUAGUUUGGAUGUAAGGCAAAUAAGUGGCUUAUUUGACAAACUAGUGAGGGAAUUGCAGAGUACAAUGAAAGAAUGGAACAUGUGUUAUAUCUAGUUUGGUUUACAUGGUGUAAAAUUAUGUCUGAACUAACCCAGAAUGGAAAUUCUAUUUUAAAAAACAUCUUUAAAAGUAAUAACUAACUAUUUGAUUUUAAAAUGUACCACAGUCUUUGUUUUUCAUUGUCAAAACAGAUUUUAUGAAAUGGGGUGCUCAUUUUAUUAAACUAAUAAACAUUUGUUUUCUCUAGUUGGUUUGGAUGCUGCUGGAAAAACGACCAUUCUGUAUAAGCUGAAGUUAGGAGAGAUUGUCACUACAAUUCCCACAAUUGGUAAGCAAGAUCAGAUACAUAUUGUCAGUAUUAACAACCGUUUUUGUUUAAAACUUUGAAACAAAAAAAAUAUAUAUUCUAUGUUUUCAGGAAUUGAUAUAGAGCAACUUGCCAGAGGUGGAUAGAGGUAGAACUCCUGAAGUUUGUUCCCAUACUAUGUUUAUGGUACAUAUUACUGGAUUUCACAAUUCCUGAAAGAUUGUGAAUUUUCCUUGAAAUGGGGGAUUCUUUCUUUGGGUAGCAAAGCCAACGAAGAGAGCAUCCUAGAACCAAUGUAACACUUGGGGAUGAAGAUGUUUGUGAUUGCUACAUAGAUUUUAGCAACAUCUUCCAUUUGCUUCCAUUGUUAGAAACUCAGAUAAUAGGCACCAAAUGGCUCCUUAAACCAGGGUUACUUACAGUUGCCAAAACAGAAUGCCUACUUGCCAUUUUUGGGCCAGGUAGCUUGAAAGUCGUAUUUUUCAAUAUGACUUUUCCUGAAAUUCAUUCUGAUUGUGCAGAGAAAAAAAUAACAGAUAGAAUUCUACAGGAUGUGCUGCUGGUGUGUGAAAACAGUCAAGAUCUAGGGAUCCCCAGGCAUGCACCUCCAGAUGGUGGAGACUUCAGGUGUCAUCCUGACGUCUUCACUUGGUCGCAAGCGGCUGAUAGCCAUGUGCAAAAAUGCUCCUGGUGAAUUUGGAACACUGCUUGCUUCUAAGCCCAGCUUUUCUUCUGCCAGGUCUUAAUAUAUUUCUUUGUAAUACAGUGGUACCUCCGGUUGCAGAUGGGAUCCGUUCCGGAGCUCCGGUCAGAUCCUGAAGUUUCCACAACCAGAGGGACCGCUUCUGCGCAUGCACGCUCAAUGAAAAACUUCCGGGUUUGCCACUUUUGCAACCCGAAGUUUAUGUUACCCGAGGGUAACGUAAGCCGAGGUGCUACUGUAUAGACAAAUUAAAGAAACCAGAAUUGUUCUGAAAACUAACAUGUAAUAGUCUUCUGAAAAUGUUUGGCAAAUACCUGCUCUACCUAGAGCUUGAAGCAUGAAUAUGUAAAAUUGUAAUUGCAGAUCUUGGUGACUUUACAUUUAUUAAAUUUAUUUCAUAGUCCUUUAGGAAGUUAAGACACCCCAUGCUCUCCUGGUCAUUGGGCUCACAUCUGCCUAGCUUGAGUAGUGCUAGAAAAUUGGUUGCUUGCUGGUCCUUAUUGUCAUAAUUGUGUGUGUGUUUUUUUUCCAUUUAGGUUUUAAUGUGGAAACAGUAGAAUAUAAAAACAUCUGUUUCACUGUUUGGGAUGUUGGUGGUCAAGAUAAAAUCAGGCCACUCUGGAGGCAUUAUUUUCAGAACACACAGGUAAUUCCUCUGACAUAUGCUUUGCCAAAUCCAUUUUCACUCUCUCUUUUGUAGACUGGUGUAAAGUUAUACUGCCUAGUAAAAAGAUUUGUACUAAUACCCCCCACCCCCAGUAUAAUCCCAAUAGCAGCAUAGGCCAACACUAACUUUCAGUUCUACUUUAAAACACUGGAAUUUUCAAAUCGGCAUUGUAAUAAUUUUCCUGAGACCAUUAAAGCUACUGUGGACUUAACUAGUACUAAGGCACACAGAAUCCAAGCUGUCCAAGGUUUUAAUAGGCAAUAAUUUGCAUUCAGUUAGGCCUAAAAGGAAAAUAUGGCUCCAUGUGCUCUUUGUCACCCUUCCUCAAACUAAUAAGUAGGCUGUGCUUCCUCUCUUGCUCCCUGCAGCCCUCCAUAUACAUUCAGAUUUUGCUUCAGAGGGUUGGGUGACCCUCAAACAUAUUUUGGGGGCACAUGGGCUCUGAGUGGGCAGAGGGAGGGAGACAUCUGUUUGUGCAGUCUUGCAUUCCACCUUUUAAUGGCCUUGUGCACAUAGCAGGAUGUAUGCUCAAGUUGGUUCUUCAGAGGCCAAGCAAAUAAUGAUCUGAGUUCAAGAGUCAAUUAUGUCCUUGCCACAGACAGAUCACUAACUGCAUCAAUGAAAAUAGUAUACCUCUGGAGACUAAUGGCCCCUGUCAUGUGGGUGGGUGUAGUUUAUUGAUGGUUCUCUCUCUUACCUGUUGGGCUUGCAGAGUGAACAGCUGCCUCUCUCUGAUCAGGCAGUUCAAAUACUUUUUGCUGCAAUUUUACGAAAAAUUACCGGCAGUGAAACAGCAAUGAGGUCUGUGGAUCACAGCUGGUGGAAAACAUGAGCCAAGCCUGACUAUUCACUGAUUGGAGCAUAUUUUGAAAACCUAUACUUGUGGUAGGGAAGAAAUUUCAUUCACCAUCAUCAUUGCAUCUGAACAACGUGACUUGGCGUAACUGUUCCAUGCAUUGCAACAACUAUUAUAGCCAAACCAUCCUAGUGAUGUAGAAGCACUCUUGGCAGCCUGCUGUGACAACUUUGUGAAUUGCAAAUAAAAAUGUUUGUAUUCAUGUUGACUUGGAUGACAUUGUCGCAAUAAUUCCUCUGGUGAAGAGAGUAUUGCUUUCUGCUAGAAGUUGUAAUAUGUUACUGUUGCUUUAAAAAUAAACAAUGAGACUAAACUGUUAGUGUCCCUGGCCCUUCUGAGGUGUUAGCCCAUUGUGAUAGAAUAGUUCGCAUGGAUCUUUGGUCUCUGAUACCUUCUGAUUUCUUGCAUAUAUUCCCAUUUGUCACAGGAUUAAAGAUUCAUUAAAUAUCUCUAUAAUGGUAACUUCAGAUUUUAUUUGAAUGGUAUUUCAGAUGUCAAACAAGCUUGAUAAGAAAUACACUUUCUUUUCAGGGUCUCAUUUUUGUGGUAGAUAGCAACGACAGAGAGAGAAUCCAGGAAGCAGCAGAAGAACUCCAGAAAAUGGUAACUGCCGCUAACUCAAUCUGAACUUCUUCUGUGUCUGACUCCGAUGGUUUAGUCCUCCAUAUCUAAUAAAAUUGAGAGGUUAAUUUACAAAAACAUCAGAUAUUUUAGCGUGGGAUGUUAGGAUGCACUGUUCUGUGUUUAGAAGCAAUAAUAUGAGAGGUGGUGGUUCUCAGAACUUCCGUAUGUGGUUUCAGUGAAAUCCUUCUUGCAACUAUCACCCUACCUUGACAUAGCGUUUCUUGUCUGAGUUGCUUACAUGCACUGAUGGUAACUAAAUCAACUAGCUACUGAAAACUACUGGGAGAAAUGUGAAGGACAAAAAUAUUGCCAGCCCCGAAGCCUCCCUAACUUGUACUUUUGGUGGUAACAACUAUCAAUAGGGGAAAUAACUAGCAUGGUGUUUCCUCCUCCAGCUUCAGGAAGACGAGUUGAGAGAUGCAGUGCUGCUUCUCUUUGCAAACAAACAAGACUUGCCAAAUGCCAUGGCAAUAAGUGAAAUGACAGAUAAACUAGGCCUUCAGUCCCUGCGCAACAGAACUGUAAGUACCGUAAAGCAAAAAUAGUUUGCCAUGUGGCUUUCUCCCUAUCUUGAUAUAUUCUGUGGGUUGGAACGUAUGAAUAGCAAGUGCUUUUCUUUCCCAUUCUAUGUAGGUAGAAAUGCCUAACAAAGGCUAUCCUUGGAUCCAAACUGUUGAGUUCCUCUGCUAGGUUUUAAAUCACUGAAGGUUGUUCUUGGAGCUAGUACUGUUCUGCUAAAAGGGACGCGGGUGGCGCUGUGGGUUAAACCACAGAGCCUAGGACUUGCCGAUCAGAAGGUCGGCGGUUCGAAUCCCCACGACGGGGUGAGCUCCCGUUGCUCGGUCCCUGCUCCUGCCAACCUAGCAGUUCAAAAGCACAUCAAAGUACAGGUAGAUAAAUAGGUACCACUCUGGCGUUUUCAUGCGCUGCUCUGGUUCGCCGGAAGCGGCUUAGUCAUGCUGGCCACAUGACCUGGAAGCUGUACACUGGCACCCUCGGCCAAUAAAGCGAGAUGAGCGCCGCAACCCCAGAGUCUGCCACGACUGGACCUAAUGGUCAGGGGUCCCUUUACCUUUACCUUUACUGUUCUGUUAUCAUGCAUUUGCGCAGAGAAAAUGACUACUAUUUCUCUUUUCUGAUAGUCAUAGUUAGUCAUAGUUCCAUACAAUAAAGUCGUGUGUGUGUGUUUACUAGCGAUGGCAUCUGUCUUACCCCUUUACAUUUUUGGGUGGUGGAAUGUCCUGCUUGUAUGUUCCUGUCUUCAGCAGCUCUAUGGACUGGCUACUUUCCCUUUAUGCUGAGUGAUGGCUCUUUAAGACCUUUCAUUUGAUGUUUCAGCUAGAGAUUUCAUAAUGCCUGUGUUGCCCUUCUAGUUUUUCACUUUACUUGGUCUUCCUGCCGUGUUCUAAUCUAUGCCUUGGCCAAGUGAGCUUCUUUGUGUUCUGAUGUUUGAAUUUGCCUUGCAUGAUGUGGGGGUGGGCAUGAGAAUAUUGUCUUGGAGAGCUGUAACGUGCUCAAAAAUGGACUGUAUGAUAUUAAAUAUUUCACUUUCUCAUUCUCAACAGUGGUAUGUUCAAGCUACCUGUGCUACACAAGGAACUGGUCUGUAUGAGGGACUUGACUGGCUGUCAAAUGAGCUAUCAAAGCGCUAA